CAUAAUAUCUAAACAGAUAUAAUUGUUAGCAAAAGAGAGAUUUAUUGAAUACGAUGGGACCUUUUCCCACCAAUCAACAUUAAUUUCAUUUAAUUAUAAUACUUGCUGGGUGGAUGGUAACAUCUAUAACUAUACUUAUAGUCUCUGCAUUUAUGGAUCCACAUCUGUGUUUCAUAUUGUUCCAGUCAUUUUCAUUUUCUCCUCUUGCAGUAAUCAAACACUUUCUGCCUUGACUUCAGUUUGAACCAACAAUGGCCGAAGCAAUUGUUUUCGACAUUGCCAAAGAGAUCGUUACUGGGUUGAGCUCUCCUGCUCUCUCUCAAAUUGGACUGUUGUGGAAUCUCAAAGAUGACCUUGAUGACCUUGAACGCACCGUCUCCACAAUCAAAGCUGUGAUUCUUGACGCAGAAGAGCGAUCUGAGACCAGCAAUCUCGUCAAAUGUUGGCUUGAAAAGCUGAAAGAUGUACUUUAUGAUGCUGCCGACUUGCUCGAUGAUUUCUCUACUGAAGCUCUGCGGAAAGAUUUAAUGGGUGGGAAAAAACUGACGAAAGAGGUACGCCUUUUCUUCUCAAGCUCAAAUCAGUUUGCUUACUGUCUCAAAAUGCGUAGGAAAAUGAAGGCCAUUAAGGCUAGGCUAACUUCAACUGAAAGUGAGUCCAAGAUGUUAAACUUGCUAGAGCGUGACCACCCCAUGGAAACCUCUUUCAUGACUAAAAGGAGGCAGCAAACGUCCUCUUUUAUGCGUGAAGGUGAAAUAAUAGGGAGGGAUGAUGAUAAAGCAGCUCUUCUAAAACUCAUGUUAGAGAUUGAAAGUGAAGAGAAUGUUUACGUCAUUCCAAUUGUGGGGUUUGGAGGGUUAGGGAAGACUGCGUUGGCGAAAUUUGUUUAUAAUGAUAAAAUAGUCCGUGAUCAUUUUGAAUUGAGGACGUGGGUGUAUGUUUCAAAUGAUUUUGAUGUCAAAAGAAUUGUAAAAAGCAUUAUAGAAUAUGCAACAGGCCAAGCACUAGAUCAAAGUCUCGAAAUGGACCAGUUACAAAAACAACUUCGAGAUAAAAUUCGUGGGACAAAAUAUUUGCUUGUUUUGGAUGACAUUUGGAAUGAGGAGCGGGAACCAUGGUUAAACUUAAAGGAUUUAUUGAUGGAUGGGGCUAAAGGAAGUAGGAUAAUAAUAACUACUCGCUCUAUGAGGGUAGCAAAGAUUACUAGUAAAUGUCAGCCUCAUGUUCUGAAAGUUCUGUCUGAUGAAAAUGCUUGGGUUUUGUUCAAAGAAAUAGCAUUUGAGCAAAGAUAUAAAGACUCAACAAAUCCAGCCUUUGUGGAAAUAGGGAGACAGAUUUUGGAAAGGUGUGGUGGGGUUCCCUUAGUCAUAAGGACGAUAGCAGGUACAUUAUCUUUCAAAGAAACUGAAAAGGAGUGGCGUUCUUUCAAAGAUAAUGAACUUGUUAGAAUAUCUGAAGAUCAAGAUAAUAUUAUACCUACACUUAAGUUGAGCUACAAUCAUCUUCCAUCUCAAUUGAAGCAUUGUUUUGCUUAUUGCCGAUUGUAUCCAAAAGAUCAUGUAAUUCAUGUACAAACUCUUGUUCAAUUUUGGAUUGCACAAGGUUAUAUAAAGAAAUUGAAUCCAAUUCAAUCUCUUGAGGAGAUCGGGUUUGGGUAUUUUAAUGAUUUAGUUGAUAGAAGUUUCUUUGAAGAGGUAGGAGAAAGAUUUUCGAGGGAAGGACUAACAUGUAAAAUGAAUAAUUUAAUGCAUGAUCUAGCGGAAUCAGUAGCAGGGAUAGAGAGUAGUAUUGUAGAUUUAGAAGGACAUGCAAGUCAGGUUGGUGGAAAUUGUCGCCACAUAGCAAUUAAUCCUUCAUUAAUUCCUUCAUUUAAGGGAAAGAUGUUGCGAUCUUUGUUACAUUUUCCAAACAUGAGAAUUCAAAUUUUGAGUGAUGAAACUUGGGAUUUGAUAAUUGCAAAUUGUAGAUGCUUGCGUUUAUUAAAAUUGGAUGAUAUAGAUUUUAAGAUGAUUCCACGUUCCAUUCAUAAGUUGAAGCAUUUGAGGUAUCUUGAUCUUUCUCACAAUCGCGGUCUUAAGGUUCUCCCAAAGAGUAUUUGCAAGAUACAAAAUUUGCAAGUGCUGAAACUUGAUCGGUGUUGGGAGCUUGAAGAAUUGCCGAAGAAGAUUGAAAAUUUGGUGAAUCUUACCCAUCUUGGGUGUGAAGAUUGUAAUGGCUUAACUCAUAUGCCACGUGGAAUAGGAAAGUUGAGUUCCCUUGAAACGUUAAGCAUGUUUGUAGUGGAUAAAGAUGGUUCCCAUGGCGGUGCAGAUCUAAGUGAAUUGAGAGGGCUUAACAACUUAAGGGGAGAGCUAAGAAUAAGAAAUUUGGGAUUUGUAAAAAAUGCAAAAGAGAAGUUUAAGGCUGCUAAUUUGGAAGAGAAGCAACAUUUGAGAUCGUUGGUUUUAGAAUGGGGUUUUUAUUUUGAUGAUAACCAUGAUGAUGACAAAUCACUUGAAGACCUCCAGCCCCAUCCUAAUCUCAAGGAGCUCUGUAUUCAAGGAUGGAGGGGUGAUGCUGAGUUUCCAAGUUGGAUUUCUUUUCUCACAAAUCUCGUCCAUAUUAAAAUAUGGGGUCUUGGUAGUAAAUUCAAACAUCUUCCAUCGUUUGCUCAAUUUCCUUGUCUUCAAGAUUUGGUAAUUUGUGAUUUAACUGAGCUGGAGUACAUGGAUGAUAAUAGCCCACAAGGAAGUCAAGGAGAACCACAAUCAUUCUUCCCAUCGCUUAAGUAUCUUUGCCUACGGGAUUGCCCAAAUAUGAAGAGUUGGUGGAGAAAAAGGUCGAUUGAUGAUUCCAACGAGGACGACACAACAGUUAUGGCAUUUCCUUGUCUUUCCUGUUUAAAGAUUGAAAAUUGCCCUUUGACUUCAAUGCCGUUGUAUCCUUCACUCGAUGAUUGGUUAGAGUUGGUGAAUACCAGUUCAAGGCCGUUAAAGCAGACUAUGAAGAUGAACAUGAAUCCUAAGACCCCAUCAAAUUCAACCUCUUCUCUUCCUCUCUCCAAAUUGAAAUCUUUCCAUGUAGAGAAUAUAAAGGAACUGGAGACUCACAUGCUAGAUGAGUAUCUGCAACAUCUCACCAGCCUCAAAGGUUUAACGAUUAGAGAUUGCAAGAAGGUUGAUUUAGAGGGCAUGCAAUGGGAACCCCUUAAGAAUCUCUCUCGUUUGAUGAUUGAUAAAAUUCCACUGCUGGUGUCUCUCCCACGUGGGUUUCAACAUCUUGUUCAAUUGAAAACAUUAGAAAUUAGUAAUUGCAGUGGAUUGAGGUCACUCCCUGUGCUCCAAAAACCCAUUCCUGUGUUCCAACAUCUCACUUCCCUUGAAGAGUUUGAAGUAAGGAACUGCAAGGAGCUGGAGCUAUCAGAAGAUGACAUCAAAAUAUUCGAAGAUCAUACAAGCCUACGAUAUCUAACGCUGGAAAACAUUCCAAAGUAUCGGCAUCUUCCGGGGCGGUGUAAAAACAUCCAUAAUAAUAGUAGAAAUUCCCCAACUGAAGGAAAGAUGUAGGGAGGACAUUGGUGCAGAUUGGCACAUUUGGUAGUAUCAGUAAGCCAUUGGGGAAAUGCAUUUGUCAACUUCAAUAAUUUAUAUGCAUAAAAAGAGGUGUAACCCAUUGGAGUCUAUUUUGAUGAAAGGCAUUUGACAACCUUAAGAAUUUACAUGCAGAAAAAGAGGGGGCAUGAAUUCAAUGGAAGAGUUAAAAAACAAAAUGGACAUGCAUUCUUCAUGAGCUGAUCUGUCCAUGGCAUUAUUUCUUCAGCAAAGAAUAGCUUGCAUUACAAGAAGCAGAGGCCAUAAUUUCUACUACGAUUUGGUUAUCUGCCAAAAUUUCCAACAACAAAAAAUGAUGGUACCCUAUGCUAUUGGGAGGUUCUUGUUAGAGGCAUGUUGAGAGAGCUUAAACGCGCAAUGUCCUUGUCAAGUAAGAAAACUAAACAAAGGUGGGGGUCGAAACGGGAAAGAAUGUUGCUUCAGAAUAAUUGGAGUAGGUAAAGUGAGUUGGCAGAGAGCUUACUUAUGUAACAAAUGUGCAAAGGCUUUCUGUCAUUAACGUUACUUCAGGACGAAAUGCGUCGCCUAACCAAUUUGCAACAGUUACAUAUACAUGGAGUUCCUCAGUUGGAGGAAAGGUGUCAAAAGGACAUUGGUGCCGAUUGGUGUAAGAUUGCUCACAUCCCUUUAGUAAGUGAUUGGCCCACGUAUUUCUGAAAGGCAUUUGACAACUUUAAGAAAUUACAUACAGAAAGAGAGCACUAGUUCAAUGGAGAAGGUAAAAAAGGACAUGCAUUCUUCAUGAGCUGAUCUGUCCAUGGCAUUUUACUCCCAUGAAAUCCUACCCUAUUUUGGCUUUCUUCUUGGGUAGCGCAUAGCAUAUAUGACAAGAAGCGGAGGCCAUACUUUCUACUACGAUUUGUUCAUCUGCCAAAAUAUUCUAACAAAACAAAAAUGCUUAUAUGGUACCUAUGCUAUUGACAAAUUCUUGGAGUCGUGUUGGAGAGAGCUUAAACACGCAAUGUAGUUCUCAAGCAAGUAAAUUGAUUAGGAGUUAGGGGUUAAGGGUGGAUGAAAAUGGAGGGGGAUAUUUCUCAAUAUUCUUUGAUGCAGGGCAUCCCUUUUAGCUGUUCGAAUUUUGAAGGAUCUUGCUUCAAAACAUUUGGUGAUGAUGAUGAUGAUGCCCAAUGUCUGGCCCUUUGUUAAGCUUGCACUGGAAAAGCAUAGACGAUGGGUUUGUGGUUAGCCACCAUUUAUGCACAUGAUAUAAAGUUGGUUGUUGUUUUUGGAAGAGUCCUAAUUCAGUGAUGACAGUUGCUGGAGAUCUUGCAUUGAUAAUUUAUUAUUCCAGGUUACAAGGAGCUUAUGCAAAGCUUAAUUGAUCCUAGAGUUUAUAUAUAGAUGAUUUGCUUCAUGGGUGAUGUGUGGAUUUAAAGGAGCACAUAUGUUUAUAGUGAGGAACAGAACUAUUAUCGAGUUCCAUUGUUAUAACCUUCGAGUGUUAAUUUUCACUUACUGUAGGUGGAUUUGAUAGAGAGUUUAUUUAAUUGUACAAGAGUGAGGUUGCAACAAGUGUUUUGAGGGACUGAGCCUAAAUUUUUUUUGUAUUGUGAAGUUUAUAGUGAAUUUUUCUCUAAAUAAGAUCCUACAAAUAUAAGAUAAAUUCCGAAUUGCGUAAACAA